AUGGCGCCUUUUGCUCUCUUCACCCAUCGCAGCUUUCGACGCGGCCCAUCAAGCCAAUCGACUUCGGCGUCUGACUCUGCCACUACUCAGCAGAAGACAGCCAUGGGUGGCAUGCCGUCCAAGGCUGCCACGAACGUCAAUGAGGCACCACACAAGAAAUUGAGACCUCGAUCGUCGUCCAUGCAUCUUCUCAAGCGCAAUCGCGACCCUUCUGGACACAAUGCGGCGCGCACUUCGACGCUUGCCCAGCCUCUGGCCAGUGCAGAUACGACGACCAUCGAAGUCUCCGAGUCAGAAGCAGAUUAUACCAGAAUAUCUCUCGCACGCCGCUCAGACUCACAGUCGACCGUCAAGACACUCAGCGAUUCCGUCCACUCGAACCGCUACGAAUUCACCAAACAUGACAGCUUUGAAUCGGAUGCCAGUUCCACAAGAACAGCUACUCGCGUGACCCGACCGUCCGAGGCACUUCUCGUCCUUGGGGCAGACGACGAACCAAAUGGCAUGAGUACCCCUAUACCACCUCACCCGCCCAAGACACCUCAGAUCCGACUUCCUACACCUCCAUUCUUGACUGAAGACAGCCCUACCAAGUAUGGUUUGCGCAUGAAUCACUCUCCCUCGCCCGAUCGUUCCAUGGUAGCCAAGCAACGACAGAAGAUGACGGGCGCUGGACUCUUCGUGGUNACGGGACACCCUCAUCUGCUUCCUUCUAUGACAGCCAGACUGACAACCUCNCAGCAUGCUGCUACUCAGCAACGGUCCACAACCUUGACACUGCCAGUCGACCAAGCAAGAUCGGGUGCCACAAACCCCACACAAUCAUUCGCCCACAGUUCGCCAUCUUUGCCCAUGUCUGACAAAGCGAAUCCCACGCCUGAUCACUCAACCUCGUUGCCCAUUCAUAGAAUGCCACUCAGACUCAGCCAACCCUUCAAAGAUGCACCUCAAGAGCACGUCGCUCAUGCACUCCCGCUACGGACUUCGCAAACAACAUGCUAUCGAGAGCACGACAUUUGGCAGCGUAUGGGCUCCAACUACAGGUAUCCAGUCGCAUGUACCAUCUGCGAUGGGUACGAGCCGCCUGGCGAUGAUUUCAUGACCUGCUUAUGGUGUGAGGUCCAUGUUUGUGGACAAUGCUACGCGGCGUUCGUGAAGAAUGGACUGGCGGGCAUGAUGGAAAGAAAGCAAAGAUGA